UGUCCGGCACCAACAGCCCCGAGGCUGUGAAGAAGCUACUGGAGAAUAUGCAGAGCGACUUGCGGGCCUUGUCACUAGAAUGCAAGAAGAAAUUCCCACCUGUCAAGGAGGCUGCUGAAUCUGGAAUAAUAAAAGUUAAAACAAUAGCUGCAAGAAACACCGAAAUUUUGGCAGCCCUGAAGGAGAACAGCUCAGAAGUCGUGCAGCCUUUCCUGAUGGGGUGUGGGACCAAGGAGCCGAAGAUUACUCAGCUGUGUCUGGCCGCCAUUCAGAGACUGAUGUCACAUGAGGUGGUGUCUGAGACUGCUGCUGGAAACAUAAUUAACAUGCUUUGGCAGCUAAUGGAGAACAGCCUAGAAGAACUUAAGCUGCUACAAACAGUACUUGUUCUCUUAACAACCAACACAGUAGUUCAUGACGAGGCACUUUCUAAGGCAAUUGUUCUUUGUUUUCGACUCCACUUCACAAAGGACAAUAUUACAAAUAAUACAGCUGCUGCUACAGUACGGCAGGUCGUCACUGUCGUCUUCGAGAGGAUGGUGGCUGAAGAUGAGCGACACAAAGACAUAGAGCCUCCAGUGCUGAUCCAAGGAAACAGUAACCGAAGGUCUGUCAGCACCCUGAAGCCUUGUGCUAAAGAUGCAUAUAUGCUUUUCCAGGACCUCUGUCAGUUGGUCAACGCCGACGCCCCCUACUGGCUAGUAGGCAUGACAGAAAUGACUCGGACUUUUGGCCUUGAGCUGCUGGAGUCUGUCCUCAAUGACUUUCCUCAGGUCUUUCUACAACAUCAGGAAUUCAGUUUCCUCCUCAAAGAAAGGGUGUGCCCUCUUGUGAUCAAGCUCUUUUCUCCAAACAUAAAAUUCAGACAAGGUUCCAGCACUUCAUCUUCUCCUGCACCAGUGGAAAAACCAUACUUUCCCAUCUGCAUGCGUUUGCUGAGAGUGGUGUCUGUUCUGAUCAAGCAGUUCUAUAGUCUCUUGGUAACCGAGUGUGAAAUAUUUCUGUCACUUCUGGUGAAGUUUCUGGAUGCAGAUAAGCCACAGUGGCUUCGAGCUGUUGCAGUGGAAUCGAUACACAGGCUGUGUGUGCAGCCUCAGUUAUUAAGGUCAUUUUGUCAGUCGUAUGACAUGAAGCAGCAUUCCACCAAGGUUUUCCGAGACAUUGUGAAUGCACUGGGGUCCUUUAUCCAGUCUUUGUUUCUCGUUCCUCCUACUGGAAACCCUGCCGCAGCCAAUCAAGCUGGAAACAAUAAUGCUGGUGGCCCAGUCUCAGCACCAGCCAGCUCAGGAAUGGUGGGGAUUGGUGGAGGUGUUACUCUGCUACCAGCAUUUGAAUACAGAGGAACUUGGAUACCUAUCCUGACUAUUACAGUUCAAGGCAGUGCAAAAGCCACCUACCUAGAGAUGCUGGACAAGGUUGAACCCCCAACUAUACCAGAGGGCUAUGCCAUGUCUGUGGCAUUCCACUGUCUAUUGGAUCUUGUCCGUGGAAUCACCACCAUGAUAGAAGGAGAGUUAGGAGAGGUUGAAACAGAGUGUCCUACUGUCACUGAAGGAGCAAACUCACAGUCAUCAGAGCAGCACGACGAGCAGUCAGUGUCGGACCAGGCAGAUAAGGAGACAGUUAGUAGAGCCGUUUGGGAAGAGAUGGUGAGUGCUUGCUGGUGUGGUCUUCUUGCUGCGCUCUCACUCCUUCUUGAUGCCAGCACAGAUGAGGCUGCCACUGAGAAUAUUUUAAAGGCUGAAUUGACUAUGGCUGCUCUGUGUGGAAGACUGGGCCUUGUAACGUCAAGGGAUGCCUUCAUCACCGCAAUCUGCAAAGGGUCCUUGCCUCCACAUUAUGCGCUGACCGUGCUCAACGCCACCACUGCAGCUACACUUUCCAAUAAAUCAUAUUCUAUCCAGGGCCACAGUGUAAUGAUGAUAAGUCCGUCCAGUGAAUCCCACCAGCAAGUUGUGGCAGUGGGUCAGCCCCUGGCAGUCCAGCCUCAAGGAACAGUAAUGCUGACUUCCAAAAACAUCCAGUGCAUGAGGACACUACUUAACUUGGCUCACUGUCACGGUGCUGUUCUUGGAACAUCAUGGCAACUCGUGCUGGCAACUCUGCAGCAUCUUGUGUGGAUUCUGGGACUAAAGCCGAGUGGUGGUGGUGCCUUGAAGCCGGGAAGAGCUGUAGAAGGACCCAGUACAGUUCUAACAACAGCAGUGAUGACAGAUUUGCCAGUGAUUUCCAACAUACUUUCAAGACUCUUUGAAAGUUCACAGUAUCUUGAUGACGUAUCUUUGCAUCAUUUAAUAAAUGCACUUUGUUCCUUAUCUCUAGAAGCAAUGGAUAUGGCCUAUGGAAAUAAUAAGGAACCAUCUCUUUUUGCUGUUGCCAAACUAUUAGAAACUGGUCUGGUUAAUAUGCACAGAAUAGAAAUUUUAUGGAGACCUCUAACUGGCCAUCUACUUGAGGUGUGCCAGCAUCCAAAUUCUCGAAUGAGGGAAUGGGGAGCAGAAGCCCUGACGUCCCUCAUUAAAGCUGGGCUGACAUUUAACCAUGAGCCGCCGCUCUCCCAAAACCAGAGACUGCAGCUGCUUUUGUUGAACCCAUUAAAGGAGAUGUCCAGUAUUAACCACCCAGAUAUUCGACUCAAGCAAUUAGAAUGUGUGUUGCAGAUUCUGCAGAGCCAGGGGGACAGUCUUGGGCCUGGGUGGCCAUUAGUUCUUGGAGUCAUGGGAGCAAUCAGAAAUGAUCAAGGAGAAUCACUGAUAAGAACUGCCUUCCAGUGUCUUCAGUUGGUUGUAACAGAUUUUCUACCAACAAUGCCAUGUUCUUGCCUACAGAUAGUUGUAGAUGUUGCAGGGAGCUUUGGGCUUCAUAACCAGGAACUUAAUAUUAGUCUAACCUCCAUAGGCUUGCUGUGGAAUAUUUCAGAUUAUUUUUUCCAAAGAGGGGAAACUAUCGAAAAAGAGUUAAAUAAAGAAGAGGCAGCCCAGCAGAAGCAGGCAGAAGAAAAAGGAGUGUCUCUAAAUCGGCCAUUCCACCCUGCACCACCGUUUGAUUGCUUGUGGCUGUGUCUUUAUGCAAAACUGGGUGAACUUUGUGUGGACCCUCGCCCUGCUGUGAGGAAGAGUGCGGGGCAGACACUGUUUUCUACAAUUGGUGCACAUGGGACCCUACUACAGCAUUCAACCUGGCACACGGUCAUCUGGAAGGUACUCUUUCAUCUACUGGAUCGAGUUCGAGAGUCUUCUACAACUGCAGACAAAGAGAAGAUUGAAUCCGGGGGUGGAAAUAUUUUAAUUCAUCACUCAAGAGACACAGCGGAGAAACAGUGGGCUGAAACAUGGGUCUUGACAUUGGCUGGAGUGGCAAGAAUCUUCAAUACCAGGCGAUACUUGCUGCAGCCAUUAGGAGACUUUUCAAGAGCUUGGGAUGUUCUUCUUGACCACAUUCAGUCAGCUGCACUCAGCAAAAACAAUGAAGUGUCCCUGGCUGCUCUGAAGAGCUUCCAGGAAAUCUUACAGAUUGUGUCCCCCGUCAGAGACUCGGAGAAGCCUGAGACACCGCCUGUGGUUAAUGUGCCUGUGCCUGUCCUUAUGGGAAGCAUUUCAGGCCCAGGCCUCAGCAGGCCGUUUGUAAGAACAGAUUCCAUUGGAGACAAGCUUGGUAGAUACAGUUCUGAGCCGCCCAUAGUGACUGAUGAGCUUGAAGAUUUGAGCCUCUGGUGGGCUGCCUGGAAUGCCUGGUAUAGAAUUGGUUCUGAAAGCACAAAGCCACCUAUUACUUUUGAUAAGCUAACCUUUAUUCCUAGCCAGCCUUUUCUCACAGCUUUAAUUCAGAUUUUCCCAGCUCUCUACCAGCACAUAAAAGCUGGCUUCAACAUGGAUGACUUACACAAGUUGGGAGUCAUAUUGCACAGUGCUGUUUCGGUCCCGAUAAGUUCAGAUGCAUCCCCCUUCAUCCUUCCAUCUUAUACUGAAGCAGUUCUAACAAGUUUACAGGAAGCUGUACUCACAGCUUUAGAUGUUCUCCAAAAGGCCAUCUGUGUGGGACCAGAAAACAUGCAGAUAAUGUACCCAGCUAUAUUUGACCAGUUACUGGCAUUUGUCGAGUUCUCGUGUAAACCUCCACAGUAUGGACAGCUGGAAACAAAGCACAUUGCAAAUGCAAAAUAUAAUCAGAUCCAACUAUUUGCACCGGCGGAAUGGGUAGCCCUGAACUAUGUACCAUUUGCUGAAAGAUCUUUGGAAGUAGUUGUGGAUUUGUACCAAAAAACAGCUUGUCAUAAAGCAGUGGUGAAUGAGAAAGUCCUCCAGAACAUUAUUAAGACUCUCAGGGUUCCUCUCAGUUUGAAGUAUUCCUGCCCUUCUGAAAGCACAUGGAAACUGGCGGUAGCAUCUCUCCUCAAAGUCCUUUCCAUCGGGCUGCCUGUUGCCCGACAGCAUGCUUCUUCUGGGAAAUUUGACAGCAUGUGGCCAGAAUUAGCCAGCACUCUUGAAGACUUCCUCUUUACUAAAAGCAUACCUCCAGAUAAUCUUUCUAUUCAAGAAUUUCAAAGAAAUGAAAGUAUUGAUGUUGAAGUGGUCCAGCUUAUCAGUGCAGAGAUACUCCCAUACGCCAAUCUUAUCCCUAGAGCCUUUGUGGGCCAGAUGAUGACCAUGCUCAACAGGGGCUCCAUACACUCCCAGUCCUCCUCAUUCACAGAAGCAGAGAUUGACAUCCGUUUGAGAGAAGAAUUUUCUAAAAUGUGUUUUGAAACGUUGCUGCAGUUUUCCUUCAGUAACAAAGUCACCACACCCCAAGAAGGCUACAUCUCACGAAUGGCGCUGUCUGUGCUCUUAAAGAGGUCUCAGGAUGUCCUGCAUCGCUACAUAGAGGAUGAAAGGCUAAGUGGAAAGUGCCCUCUGCCAAGGCAACAAGUAACAGAAAUCAUAUUUGUUUUAAAAGCAGUCAGUACUCUCAUUGAUUCACUUAAGAAAACUCAGCCUGAGAAUGUUGAUGGAAAUACCUGGGCACAGGUAAUUGCCUUAUAUCCGACUUUGGUAGAAUGUAUCACGUGCUCAUCCUCAGAAGUCUGUUGUGCUCUUAAGGAGGCACUGGUUCCCUUUAAGGAUUUCAUGCAGCCACCAGCAUCCAAAGUUCAAAACGGAGAGUCGUGACCAGCUAGUCAUGCAGACAGAAGAAGACUGCAUCCCAAGUCCUUUAUGGAAGGACGCUCCUUACUGAAGUCAUUCUCGGCAGCUCUUGUUUGCCUUCUUUAAAUUAAAGUGUAAUUACCUGGGUUCAGUAAUUCAUAUAGAAGCAUACAUGUCAACCAAGGCUCCUGGAGGAAUCAGAGCCUUGUAAUGGUGAUAGCAAUGGGAGGGAUAGUGAGCUCGACAUCAUACCUGCUACCAUAUCUUCAGUUGGUGAUUUACAAGUGAGCUUAUGUACAGUGUGUGGUGUGUCUGUCAAUGAUGUGCUUUUUAAAAAGCAAGAAGAGAUUUCCAUUCAGAUUUUUAAGGCUGGUGUUUUGCACCCUUUUUCAAGUACAGAAUUGUACUAAAGUUUUAUGCAAGGUGGUACUGUAACAUUCCAUAUUAUCUACAGCCAGCCUUUGUGAACACAAAGGGAACUGAUAUACUGUGUGUAUAAUAAAUGGUACAGUUCUGUAUAAAAUAGUUGCAUUUAUUUAAAAUUUUAAAAUAUUGAUGUUAAAUGCUUGAAGCUGUAUUUAUUAUUAAUACAAAAUUGUUUGCUUACAUUUUUACUUCUGAUUUGCCUUCUUAUGGGGCAGAUAAGCUUAUUGUGUAACCACACAGUUAGCUCAUGCUUUUUACGUCCGUUGUUAGUGUCCAGAGGAUCAUGGGAAGAAGCAGGUGUUAGGAUCUGCUGACUUUGCACCUUGGAAACACAGGUUGUAACGUAAUAUGCUGAGAUACAUUGUAGCACGAUGACCCAAAUCAUACCUCAUUUCUUUAAGCCUCUCUAAGCUGUCAUGUGUCCGUUUUUUGUAUUUGCUGUCUGAAUUUUAAAGACUUUUCAUAUUUUAUAUUUCUGCUGACUUUUCCUAUGACAUUUGUCACUGUCUUUGAAUGAUUAAGGCAAGAUGACUUGAGAUUUCAUGAAACUUUGCCUGUGAGGUCUUGUUCAUUUCUGCGUUUCCCUUUCUGAAUUCUUUUUAAGAAGAAACAGCACUGGGCUAACACACAGUAUAAACCAGGUGGCACGGGCAAGUGUUAACCCACAGUGAUAAAACGCAUGUCAAGGGCAAGUGAUCCAGCAGAGGCAGCCAGUAUUUCCAGUGCAGCGAGCUUACUGUGGUAGAGUGAGGCACUCCUGCUGUGACAGAGUACAUGACCUGUCUCGAUGUACUUUUUGUUUAAUUACACUGUUGUAAUAUUUCUUCCAAGUUAAAAUUUUAUUUCACAGAUGCUGAAAACAUGAAAAAUGACGAAAACAUUGCUAUUAAUAAGAAAUGAUAAUGGGGCUGAUAUUUUAGUGUACUAGGAAGCUUUUGACUUUAACAAGAUUUAUAAAUUUUGGGCUCUCCAGAAUAAUCAUAAAACUAUAAAGAGACAUUUAAGUUGAGUAAUCAGUGUUAUGCAAUUUUGAGGCUAUUUUAAUUAUGUAAUGAUUUAAUUUGCACUAUAUCAUGUAUACGUAUGGUAAGGCCUAUUUUGAAGAAUAUUAUUUUUAUUCACAUGAACCAAUGAAUUUCUAUUUUAUUAUUUCGUCUAAGGUUAAGGUAAAACAUGGCAUUUCAUAGACUGUGCUAUCAGUGUUUUCUUAAAGGUGUAAAAAAAAAUGACUCAAGCCGUGUAUUUUUUAUAUUUUGAUAUAUUUACUUGUGGAUUUAAACAUAGGGAUAUCACGGAUAAAGUAUCAAAAUAACAAGGGUGACAUUUUCAAAAUAUUGCCAUGAGUUUAUAUAAAGUGUGUCCUCAUAGCAGAUCAAUUGCAAUCUGAAUGAUUAAUCUCCGAUGAAGGUUAUCUGUAAGUCAGGGUCUUCAGCAUACAGUCAUGAACUUGAACUAAUACAUUAUUAGCUUCAAUGCCAAUGUCAUACUGUAUGGGUCAAAACACAUUACUGUACAUUGACACUCAACACAUUUUUAAUGACAGUCCCAAUGUCAAGCAAGUGGGACACUCCCUCAGUGGACUAAUUGACAGGCUUCUCCCCCAGAUUCUCUGAACUCCAAAGGAGGCACUACUGUUAUGAAUGCCUCUGGGCCACACAUUCUUCUCAGCUACAUUUUCUGAUAUGUGCUGGUCCCGGACAAUGAUCAAGACACUGUCCUUGCUCUGCAAGUCACUACAAGAACUGGGCUUCUUGGAGUUACUAGAGUCAAACCAUGAAGCACUAGGUUCAGUCUCCAUCACUGCCCCCCCUCCCUAACCAACCCCAGUGCCAUGAGUUUUAAAUCUCAGAGUUUUUACCACCGACCAUCUCUAUUAGAGACUGCUGAAUGAAGGCUGUGCCAACAACGGGAUGAUCAUAGAGGUUUUAAUGUAAUUGUUUACUUGCAUAGAUCACCUUUUGGAUUCUAGUAAUGCAACCACUACUAAGGAAGAAAGGGCAAUUUUGUGGUCUUAUUUCUUUAUGAUUAACUUUAAAAGUUUUGUUAGUUUUACUAUAUGCAUUUUAUAUAACAUUUAUUAAAAGACUUAUGUGCCAAGAAAAAAAAUUGUUAAGUCUGACUAAAAAGGAAAUGCUUUUAACUUAUCUUUUUAACAUUUAUGUUGUCACCUGUUUCCCCCAAUAUGGUUUUUGAGUGAACACCUGCUGCAUUCUUUAAAGUUAUAAAGAACAUCAGAAGAAAACAGUGUACAAUUUAGUUUGUUAUCCUAGUGAAUAACAUUCACUUUAAGUAGCAGCCAAUAACAAUCAUUUGUCUUUUCUUUUACAAUAUUAAGAAUGUUGUGUUUGUUGUCAAUUUGGUACCAACUAGUCCUAUGUAAGUGUCUGGUCAAUGGUUAGCUAAGAAACCGAGAGUAGAUAAGCAUACACUAUUGAAAGGUGCUGGAAAACAUCAGAAAUGCAUCCGUUUAACGAAUUGCUUGUGACUGUCAUGUCAAGAAAAGGCGCUGUUGUGUACACUUCUCAAAUGUAGAUAAUCCAUGUGGCUAAGUGCCACUAAAGAGGAGGACACUUUCAGGAAAUACCUGCCUGUGAUCUCCAAUGAACGUAACUGGAAAUCAAGACCCAAAAUAGAUUGGUGCCUGGGUUCAGGUUACUGUGGGUUAUAGAUUUCUCUAGAAAACUACCACAGAGAUAGACAAGAAUGGUCUCUUGAAAAGCACUACUAAUAGCCUAGAAUGCCCCCACUUAGUAGAUUUGGCAUUUUGAAGAUACCCUGAAUUGUCAAAAGUAUUACAAUUUGCAGUGCUUAGGGCUACAAGGCUGUUUUUAUUAGACUGAAUGUUCUUUUUAAAAAUUAUCUGUGAGCAGCACAGGCAUUACAUGGCAUGUUGUAUGACUGACUUACAUAUAGUGGAUGAAUAGUUUUAAUACUUCAUGGUCAUUUGAAUUAAAAUUUUGUAUGUCUGGAGA